CUGAUUUGAAGUGUAAAAGUUUCCGUUGUUGGGGUAUAAAUACCGUCAUCCGGAUAUACAUGAUUGUUAUACUCAAUUACAUAAAGUGAUGCGGAUGGUAAAGGUUAAAUGAUGGGGAGGACCGGUGAGUUUACAGACUAUGAACAAUUUUUCACAGCAAGAAAGGCAGGUAUAUUUGUUGGUGCUGCAUUGUUUGCUGUUGCAGUUAUAGUUGUAGUAGUUUCAUCAGUAUACCAAGCUAUAGUCAGACGAUGUUGUCCAAAAAAGAAAGAUAAUCCAAUAAAAAUUGAAGAAGCUGUUCCUACGAUUGCCGAGGGAACAAGACGUUCUUUCGAAAACCCUGUUUACUCUCAGGAUAUCAAAGAAAAGCAAGAUAUCAAUGUACGAAUUUCAAGAGCGGAUGGAUAUCUGUCCAUUGAAAAUCAUGAAUAUGAAAACGCAACUCAUCUUAAAAAGAGAACUGAUUCGGACGCAGAUACAGAUAUAGAUUAUGAAAAUCUAAAAGACAAGAAAAUUGAUCCUCCGAAGGAAAAAAUGAAGCCGCCAAUGGAAAACAAAACUGCUAAAAAGGAGAAAGCAAACAUGCAAAUAGAUAAUGAUAUGAACGGUGUCGAAGAAACUAUUGAAACUUACGAUAGGCCUCAGCCACCAAAGUCAAUAAAGAAAAGGACGUUAGAACGUGUUGAUGACGAAGAUGAAGAUGCACCAGACUAUGAUGUACCAACAACAUUUACAGAAGACGGAGGGGAAACACUAGACUAUGAUGUUCCAAAAUCAUUCACUGGAUAAAAUGUAUGGAUUGAGCUCAUCACAUCAUUAUUGAAACUUUCGUCUUUUAACGCCCAUGAAAUAAAAUUGACAUGUCUUCCAUUUAGAGCUAUCUGUACCUUUGCUUGUUAACAAAUCAACUUUAAAAAAGUUUACAGUUUCUGCUGAUUCGUGUGUACGAAAGAAUUCGGGAAAAUGGUUCAAAACCUUUUAUGUUCGUUUAUCUAUCAACUCAUAAAAAAGUGUAAAUGAAAAAAGGAAACUUGCGACAAGGCGCUCUUAUUUGAGAAAAUUUAAUUGGUUUUUUUUUCGAUUCGAAAAAAAUUGUACAGUAUCAUUUUAAUCAAUGCUAUGAUGUUGAGGUUCAUAGUUUAACGCCAAUUAUGAAAAACACAGUGUGAUCCAUGCAGUAAAUAUUAUACACCUGCAAGAUAUAUAUUGAAAUGUUGUUUGAUUGUCUUCUGCCUGUAUAUAAUGAUUUAAAACUUAUUUAUGUAUGCUAAAUUCUACAUACAUUGAUCGCAUGGAAAGACAUUAUAGGACUUAAGAAUGAUACAAGUUCAUAUUUUAUUGUUACAAUAUACAUUGAGAGAAGUUGAGGGAAGGCUCAUAAACCUCGACGACCAGUCAUAACAUGAUUAUAAGUAUGUAAUGAAAAUAAAAGAAAGUGUAUUUUAUAAAUAUGAAUGAGACUACAUUUCAAUAAAUAUAUACCCAAUGUA